AUGGGUCGGAACGCUGAAAUUCGAGGUAUGGGUUAUGUUUACGGAAGUCUGAAAGGCAUUGGCAUCCUAAUUACCAUUUCCGAAUCUGUUGAUGUGAUUGGUUGUUGGCUCGAAAGUCCAGAGGAUAGGAUCCACAUAGGUCCACCCACGGAUAUUAUAAAUAAUUGGUUCCGUAUGUGUAUGUCUUGGGAGGAAUGGUCGGAGGAAAGGGAAGAGGAAAAAGCAAUGCAAGCAGAAUGCGUAGAGGUUAUAGAGGAGGCACGGAUAGGGGAGAUGCAAAUGCUGGAGGAAAUGCAGAUGGAUGCCGAAAUUAAUGUAAAAAGUGCAUUAAAAUUUUAGUUUAAAAACAAGUCUCUUCCUAGAAUAAAAGCCAUGCCAACAGAAAACAUGUUCGAACAUUACUCCGGAAAGACAAAGUAGGUCCAAAAACCGAAGGCAGGACCGGCUGAAAAACGAUGUCUCGAAUGUACACUAUGGGCGAUCCGGAAGGGAAUAACCAAGGACUUCUGGUGCAAACACAUGAAGCAUAACCUUAAAUUUUACCGUAACUAAAUCAACCUUAAGAUCGGUCCGAAGGUUAAAUUUUGUCAUAUAAGUACGGCUCAAGGGAAAGACUCAUCCUCGUUUUCUUCUUCCGCCUUAAGAAUAAUGGACUUAAUACCCCAUUCCGACCAACAGUUGGGUCUUCCGAGGUAUAUCUGUUCGGUUGGACUUUCAACCAGCACUUUCCUAUCCGUAUAUUACCUGGAAGAUAUACAAGGAUGUGAACUCCCUUGAUCUCUCUGCCGUGGAAGAAGUAAACGGGUCGAAUUCCAUCAUCCCCCUUGGGUCUAACGUGAUCCCUCAUCGACCAGCCGUCAUCAAGGUGUUUCACCGUUACAAUCAGAACCAAAUCCGAAUAGCCGGUCUCCUUGAAAAGUUUAAGGAUAUGCUCCGCCUUUUCCGGACAAUUAGAGUAAAGCUGAACUUUGUCGGAAUAGUAUGAGUCUCCCAUUACUAUUUUUAUUUAAAACAAAAGAAAUAAUGUCGAUUCCAUUCGUAUUUCCCUGAACCUGUCAUGAUCGCUACUUUCAAACCCUUUGAGUUUGGAAAACAGAAUCAACUUUAGGAGGUAAAACGUUUGCACAUAUAAUAAAGGGUACUAACCCUACCUUCGAUAAGUUCGGACAAGCGGAUCGAAUGUUGGAUUGGGUUCCAUUGUUAUUCCAAACCUUAUGGGUUUGGAAAACAGAAUCAACUUCUGGGCUACACCAUAGGUAAACUUCUCUAAAAUAAUGAAAUAAUGGAAAUCCUAAACCAGAGUUCACAACAUUCGGACCAUUUGUCCGAACUUAUUGAAAGUAUGAAAAACGACGCCUUGGACUGGCAAAAAAGGAAACGGAGAAGCGGCGGAGGAAAGCAAGAACGGAAUACAGGAAGACACAGAGAUUCAUCGAAAAAUAGGACCUCAGAAAACAGAUCAAAAUUAACAAAGAUUUCGACAAAUUGUUUAAGUGGGAGAAAAGAGAAGCAACCAAAAGAUGGAAAAAGGAGAUCAAGACCACCGCGGAUCAGUUCCGCAAACGCAGAAAGCAGAUUGAGACCGACGCACGGAAGGCAACAAGGGAGGUGAAGAUAUGGGAGCGCAAAAUCAGGAAGGAGGAGAGAGAACGACGGAAAGAAGUUCCCGACUGGAAUACUGAAGCUCAGAAAUGGAAAAAGGAGUCGCAGAGGUUGAGGAGGAACGAGAAAGCACGGGAGAGACGCGCAGAGCAGAAUCGCAGGAUUAGAGAGGGUAAGUGGAAAGGCAAGAAGAAGUUCGGUUAG